GGCAGGAAAGGAAGCUAGAAAAGGAGGGAGAGCAAAAAAAAAGCAAAAAGAGAGAGAGUUAAAAAAAAGAGAGACAGAGAUCGAGAUCGAGAGAGAGGGAGAGAGAGUAGAGGUCGGUUCUCUGCCUGACUAAACCUCGACUGAAGAAAAUGCAUCCCAACUUUGCUGGCACCUGGAAAAUGAGGAGCAGUGAGAAUUUUGAUGAACUUCUCAAAGCCCUGGGCGUGAACGCCAUGCUGAGGAAGGUGGCCGGGGCGGCUGCUGCCAAGCCUCACGUGGAGAUCCGGCAGGACGGAGAGAAGUUCUACAUCAAGACGUCCACUUCGGUGCGGACCACGGAGAUCAACUUCCACGUCGGCGAGGAGUUUGACGAGGAGACCGUGGAUGGCAGGAAGUGUAAGAGUUUGCCCAUCUGGGAGACGGAGAACAAGAUUUACUGCAAGCAGACGCUCGUGGACGGCGACGGCCCCAAGACGUACUGGUCCAGGGAGCUGAAGGGGGAUGAACUCAUACUGACGUUCGGAGCAGACGACGUGGUGUGCACACGGAUCUACGUGCGGGAAUGAAGCCGCAGACGUCAUCGGCCAGUCGUAACGCGUCACUAGACGUCCGAAGAAUCCAAAUGAUCAACGAAGCAAUCCGACAGUCCUUCAGAUUUUACUGUUCUGUAGGAUCUGAGCUACAUGUUCACUCAUCUCCAGCGUCUUGUUACUGGCCAGACGUCCAUUUGUGUCCUUUCUGUGGUUCUGUGAUAAGAGUUUGAUCCACUUUUAAACUUGUCCAGUGUGUGUUUUUUUGGCUGUGCGGUUUAGUGGUAUUGCAUACACACACACACACACACACACACACACACACACACACACACAGAGGAAUAAAAUUGCAACACAUAUGCAGAACGAUUGGAAAACUCCCACCCACAUUUCAUAAAAUUUAAUUCCAUUCUUUUUUUCCUGGCUAAUAAUAAAAAUAAAUAAAUAAAA